AUGCCGUAUGUAUCAGAGGUGCAGGAACUGGCUUUGAAAGCGGAGGAUGCCUCAGAGUCUCAGCGAGUUGCUGAGCAGCUGCGACGGCUACAGGACAAGGCGAGAAUUCUUCUACAUUCUGACAACGCGUCGCUUCUCGCCAUGGCGACGCGGUGGGCAGUCGUGGUGAUCCUGUCGCAAACGGCCUCACCAUUGCUACUGAACGUGCGUCUGCCUGCGGAGCUUAGAGGCAUCAGUUGCAUUCAGGACCUUCCCAGUACACGAAUGGGGAUGCAUUCUUCUUCCCUCCUCGAGCCAGUGUCAUUGCAGCAGCAGGCAGAGGAGCUUUUCGAACUCCUGUUGAAACUCCUUCGGCAAGCCGUUGCCUCGUACAAUGAUGGAGGCCGUGCCAAGGCACCUCAGCUGAUCGGUGCAGUGGGUGCCGUCGCAAGGCAGCGACCGAGCAUGCUGCCCGCGUGUCUCGACGUGUUCAAGGCUAUUCUGCUAGUCAAAGAUGCGCUUGGAGCACAAGUCCAUGGUGAGAUUCAGAAGCUCGUGGCAGCGGAGAUUCAGCUCUUUGUUGCUUCUGGGCUGACCGCAGAGUGGUCUGCAGAUCUCCUUGACCUUUUUGACCGAACUGCUCAGUCCGGUUCCUUGGAAGAGCUAUCUACACGGGCCAAGUACAAGCAGAUCAGCAUGGUCACUGAUGACUUGGACGUUGCCUCUCGUGCAACCAAACGGGCCAGAAGAACAGAGUCAUCGAAGCACGUUUGGACCUGGCAAUGCGGUGACGGGACAACAGCAGAAGAUGUGAUCUUUGAUGCAGACGCUUUGCUGUCUGGUGAAGCAGAGUCAACUUGCAGGCGUUUGGAAGACUAUUUCGGGUUGCCAAGUCAGCGGGAACCAGCUGGACACGUUCCUGGGCCGGCAGUGCUUGCGACCAAAAUCAGCAGUCAGGCUGAGCUCGCUCGGAUAGCACUUACGUCCCUAAGCUCGCUGUCGGUACAGCGUAGCCUUCAUCGAGAACGUGCUCAUGAGAAUGCCGUUGCAUUUUCCGAUCCUGUUCCCGGGCACGGUUCAAAUGGAGCAUCGGAGCCGGACGCGUUUCAAGAGCAAUUGUCUCUGCUCAUAGAUGGCAAGGUGGCCUCCCGGAUUGAACCUGACAAGCCUGAAGAGCCUGGUGCACGCGAUCCGAGGGCAGCACUACCUGUGGGUGUUGGCGGGAGCGAUGCCUCACACCUUGUGCCGAUGGAAAUUGGGACGGUGCAACUUCCGAAAGACGUCCGUGCAAAGGAUGCAUUGCAGUUGAAGCUGUAUGAGGAGGUUUUAGCCAGCUGGAGCAGAAUGGACACGUCGCUUCUAAAAUGCUGUCUGCUGCCAUCGCAGCUCGCCGCUUAUGAGCAAGUCAGCCGACAGGUUGCCUUGCACCUUGCAGCAGGUCCAAGGACAGCCUUGAAACCAGAUUUGCAGCGUUCCAUGUGUCAGGCCUACGUGUUGCGUACCUUCGACUCAUUGAAGGCGUCCUUGCAAUCAGCGAACAAGGUGGGUGCAUCAGCGGCCAUGGAUCAGCUCGUAGAGCUGUUUUAUGCGAAGUUUUCUGCGGAUGUUGCCCGGUUCCAGGAGUCCGCAGUCGGAACAAGUGCUCCUCUCCGUGAAAUCUUGGAGGCGGGUGGAUCUUCCAGGCGUCUUGCAGGGACCAGCUUCACCUACGCGGAGCUCUUCGACAUGUGCCUGGCUGAAUUCGAAAAACGAGACGUUCCCAGGCGUGAGUUGAGAAAUUUCCUCGGUGAGCUCCCUGCGGUGCCUGUUUCCGCCUUCCGAGCGCUUGAAGCGCAAUGCCAGCUGGCAUCAGCCCGAAAGAUGGCGUUGCUGACCAUUCUGGCAUUAAUCGAAGGCAAGCCUGCCUGCCGCUGGCGUGGGCUUCAGCUGCUCCUGAAGUUGGCCUUCUCCUCCGGGGAGGAUUCGGUUCGUUUCGACACCAUCCGCUUGAUCAUCAACAAGAUCUAUGUUGCACCGAGGGCUGCCAUGCGCUGGCAGCUCCCUCACCUGACCGAUGAGGAGGCGCUGCUACUCAUGACAGACGGCGAGGGGACUGCUGACGGGUCCAGCUGGGACUUGUCAGAUCCAGACUUCUUACCACUGCUGAGGCUUCGUGGGCGAUGCAUCGAGGAUGUUGCAACCAUCAUGCUGCGCUCCGUUGCAGCCCGUGAGGGUAAAGAGGGCGACUUCCGGCACAAGCUCGGCAUCCCCUUCCGCUUGGAGCAAACACGUGCGGAUCUCUUCAAAGGUGCAAUCUGCGCACCCAAAGACAGGGUUUGGCUCUACCUGGCACUUUGCAUCAAGAGGCCAAUCUUGAUGCACGGGCUCGUCGAGACCUUCAUCCAAUGCGAUGCCGCGAUGAAAGAUCACUUGAUCAAUUCCAUCGAGGAGGCUGUCAGGUAUAUUCCAGUCGGUGAGCAGGAGCUGCUAGUUCUCGUCCAGAAGGCAACUCCACAGACAGAGGCACUGGUCCUCAAGAUGCUCAACAUCAUGAUGACAAGCAGGGGCAAGGAACCAUUGCUUCCAGGCUUUGGCGAAGCUGUUGUGCGUCUCUACAAGGAGACUCAGAACCCUCGCUUGCUCGUUCCCGUUUUCGACAUGCUGGAUCGAAACACCUUGCUGGACUUCCUGCCCUCGGUGCUGCAAUUGGAGGCCGACCUUGUCACUGAUGCUUUCCGGCUUGUGAUUUGCGCGCGCUCACCCCCACUCAGUGUGACGGAGCUACUCACCGAGCUUCAUCACAUUAACAGUCCAGGUGAAAACAUUGUACCUAUCCAGUCUUCUAUGCAAGCGCUCAACAUCGUAUUUGGCAUGCGGGACCAGUUUGACCCCAAAGUCUACGGAAUUGUUAUUCAGUCACUUGUUGAAGAGCCUGGGCCGCUUCCGCAACUCUUCAUGCGCACUGUGAUUCAAGUUGUCAAGGAGCUUCCUCGUCUCUCAGAUUUUGUCGUUGUGGAAAUUCUUCCUCGACUUGUUCGACAAGAGGUUUGGGGCGAUGAGAGGAUGUGGAGAGGCUUCAUGAUUGUGCUGCAGCACACGUUCGCGAGCCAGUCGACUGGAGCUGCGAGAGUGCUGUCCAUGUUGCCACUCUCUCAGCUGGAGGACGUCUUGGUGCAGCAUCCUGAUUGGAAAGCGCAGCUGCGCGAAUUUGUUGCAAGACAGCCUCCGGGCAUGGCUCUGAAGGUAUUUGAGUCUUCAAAGCUCAUCUGUUGCCUUGUCAAUGCUGUGAUGAAAAGUUGUGGGCAGGAGCUGGAAGCCGUCAAGGAGUUCAUGUGGAGAUCAGGACCUGCCGCGAUUACUUUUGUUGCUUGGUAUGAGUGGGGUGAGGCGGAGAAUGCAAACUGGGAGCAGGGCCUGGAGGCAACGAGGUCUGCCGCCAGCGACUGCAUGGUUCAUCAAAUCUCGCGAAUGCAUGCCGCCAUGAACCAGGUUCUUUCACAUGAACGGGCCAGACACGCAUCAGAGAUAUCCUUGAUCCUACGCAGGGUCGAGAAGGACUUGAAAGACACCUUCCACCAGGUCGGAAACACUGUCAGGGGAUUGGCAGAGAAGGUGCACAGCCUGACGAAACAGGUCGAAGCUCAGAACAAGGCGUUGGAGGAGAAGGAAUUUGCGUCGUCCCAGGUGCAUCCGGACGUGCACAUCCUCCGUCAAAGUGACCAAAGCGAAUACCUGGAUGCGCAUUGCGAGGAUGCCACUCCAAGUUUUCAAUGGGUUGAAGAGCGGGAGCUGGCUCUCAGAGACGAAAUUGCCCAUUUGCGAUCGAAGCUCCGCUCGUACGAGCAUGGACAAAAAGGCUUCCUACCGCAAAUGGCGAAGAUGUCUUCAUCGUGGAUGCGCCAUACAGGUAAGGAACGUAUUCCUGAGGCCAAGGUCUAUGACCUGUCUGCACUGCUUCGAAAGCCCGAGGCUGUCGAGACAGAGGUUCCGAUUGCUGCACCAUCAUGGCCUGCCAGACCUGUGGCGAAGUGCAAGGCAAGUGGAGAAGAUACUUGGACAGGGCCUGCUAGACAGACUCGCCGUGGCCUGCGCAUCCCGAAACAAAGACUUUUCAGGGAUGUAGACGGUCUCAUGCCUCUGCUCGAGAAGGCACUGCCACCACUGUGCCUGUUGUCCGAUGUUUUCUCCCAGCUUCGAAACAGCGGCUGCUUCGGUGCUGUAACACUCACGACUGCCUUGGAAAUGUCGGCGGCAGACGCGCAUUCAGUGCUCAGCAACAUCGUAUUCCUGUUUCGGCACGCUGCUCCAAAGCUGCAAGGCCUGUCCAGCCUGGUACUCUCGCUGCAGGAGAUGUCGAGGCUACAUGUGGAGACUGAAGCGACUCCACCAGUACUAGGCCGUGGGCGAACUCAGGGAGUGCGGGAAGACAGCGAUUGA